GUCUAAAGUAACAUUCAAGAUCACUCUCACUUCAGACCCCAAACUUCCCUUCAAAGUAUGCUGAGGUCCUGCGCUCUGUGUUGAAGUUGCAUCGCUUUAUCAUGGAUACAGCUGUAGUGCGACAAUUUCUCGACUUCUUCCAAGACUUUCUGAGCUUGUGUCAGUCUGAAAACUGGCCAAAUAAUGAUACAAGCGAGGCUGAAAUGAAAAAUGCCUUUUUGAUAUCUCAACACAUUGAAAAUUGUCUUGAUAAGCUGCAAAAGCGGAAUAUACUCAAUGAGUUUCUUUCUACUGUGAAUAGUAACCAAGAUGUGCCUAAUGCAUUCCUUAAAAGUUGUUUCUCUGACCCACCAAAGUACAUUUUGAAAAAAAUAAUCAAUUCCAAUACAAAAAUAAACCAAAUGGACAUAGGGUUUAAGUUGUUUCUUGAAAUGUUUAGUGAAGAGAAAUUAGAAAACUGUUUGACAGAAUUGAUGCUAGAAGCAGCAUCCAAAGAGACCCUGCUUAGGAACUUGCCACAAGAGAUACCUAAAGGGAAAAUCCUGGAAUUGAAAAGCAAGUUAUUUCUGUCUGAGAUGAGCAGUUGUGAGAACCCUCCGGAGUCAUUUGCAGCGAUGUUUGACACCUGCAACCAAGACACGGUAGAGUUGAUAGUAGUUAGUUUAAUUAACGAUGAUAUUCAUUACUUGAGUGCUGUUAAUGCUAUAGUUAACUUAUUAUUAGAUGUUUUGAAGGGCAGAAAAUUUACACAUAAGAAUUUUUGGAAGUAUCUUUUCGAUGUUGAUGAGGAAUAUUUUUUAAAGAUGUGUCUCAUGCACAGUGAGUUGUUUAAAAUAGUGGUAAAGGCAUUAUUAGAUUGUGGUAUGCUGCUUCGAGAGCAGAUGUCUGCAGAAUGUUUCUACAUAGACCUCACAUAUUCAGAAUUGGCAAGAAAUGUAAGAAAAAUAUGUUCAAAUGAAAACUUAAAGUAUGAGUUCUUUGAUAUUGUUAAUGAGAAUAAAUCUGAUUUAGCAUUCUGGGAAAAUAUUGUAUCAUGAUUAGUAUUAGUUUAUUUUUUUAUUUGUAAUUAUAAGAAUUUUUUGUUUAGUUAAUGUAAUUAAAUUAAAAUGUGGAU